CAUCAGGCAUCAGCCCGCAAACACUGGAACACUGUCGCGUGUAGCGCACCCGCCGGUAGUGAUGUGUGUAUCGCCCCUUCAUUCUGAGAUGUGCAGGUGUUCGCCGUUAAUAACCUUUUUGUAUUAAAUGUCAAAGAGUUUAGCUCCGCGGUGCGGAAUCGAACAUACUGUGACUUACAGACAACUGUAGCGUACACGGCUUUCCGUCGCCGAACCUCAUGCCAGCGAUGUUCCUCGUGAUCUUCCUCAUUGCAACUACAAGCUUCGAUCCUGUAACCAGCCUGGGUGAAGUAAUUUAUGCUAUUAAUGCCGGUGGUGAAGAACAUGUCGAUAUGCAUGGCAUCAAGUACAAGCGGGAUCCCCUGUUCGGCAAAAUUGGCACUGCGUCCGACUACGGAAAGCUGUUGGUGAUAGGUAGAAGCCCAAGGAGUGAUCAAAUCCUGUACCAGACUGAACGGUACCACACGGGGUCUUUUGGUUACGACAUUCCUGUUAAUAAGGAUGGUGACUAUGUGCUCGUUCUUAAAUUCAGCGAAGUUUACUUCGAGUCACAGGGAAGGAAGGUAUUUGAUGUGGUAUUGAAUGGUCAACAUACCAUAGUGUCUGACCUGGACAUAUUUUCCAAAGUUGGGAAAGGCGUAGCGUAUGAUGAGCAUGUGGCGUUUAGCAUCAAAGGCAACAAGCUGCACAUUAAUGGUGAGGAGUCUACACAUGACGGAAAAAUCAAAGUCGAAUUCAUAAAGGGCUAUAAAGACAACCCAAAAGUCAACGCCAUCUACGUUAUGAGGGGGACAUUGGACGACUUACCUGAACCGCCACCCUCUGAAGAACCAGAAGAGGAGGAGGAGGAAGAACCUGUUGCAAGUGAGCCCCAGCAAAUGUCAUCGCAACAGCCCCGGAGGCCUUCGGGUCCACGCACUCCAAACCCCUACACAAGUGAUGACAGCAGUGCUCUAUUGCCCAUCUUUGUUGCAAUUGGUGCCUUCAUUCCGCUUCUUUUCUGCCUCUGCAAACUUUAGAAAGGAUCUGGCGAACUUUGAUGAGGUGUCUAAAGCGAGAGACUUGGAAUGCAAUCACCCCCUCACUUUCUUUCAUUCUCAAGGGUGCCAAGGUGUGGAUGACUUCGUGAUAGUCAGCCCUAGCCAGUCACUAAGCACUUGUGAUGACGCAUCUCUAUGAAUUCUACUAGAAUGGUUCUUAACUGGGGUCUCGGAAUAUAUCACUAAUAGCGUGUUGUGCUUCACGUAAUUACAGGUUUACUUUUGCUUUUUUUUUCUGCGGGUAAUAGCGUUGUUAUGCAGAAUAUAAUGCUGUGGCUACUGUUCUCAUUUGGUUACUCUCGAGAAUGACGUUACGGUCAUAAUGACCCACAUCGUUUCAGUUGCAUCGAGUUUCCCAUCCGUGCUGUGUUGUACAAAGUAUACGAGCACACCCAUUUUCAUUCAUUGUGGUGGUGGUUUGGAUCUCGUGUUGAAACCAGAGAGUUUGUGUGUGUGUGUGUUGAGUCAUUAGCAAGUUUGCAAACUAUCAAGCAAUCGUAGGUGGAUCACGAUGCUGCGAUAAACAGUUGUCCACAAUCUGUGUCGGCGUAACAGACUUGCUAAGGCUUGCUCGCCGCUACUUCCUCCAAAGAGUAGCGUUAUUCUGGUCAUUUUCCUUAUCAGUGUGUGUGUGUGUGACUGUCUUGGGUAUGCAAGUGAGAAACUGCACGGUUUACAUGUUUUUACAUUGCUCCGAGGGACAAGAAAUGAUCGCACAUUUUUGUGAGAGCGUUCUAAUGAAAUAGUGCUGCAUUUAAGCCGCAAGGUGUUGCCAAAUUUUUAGUUAGCUCCAGAGUUUCUAAAUUUGGCUUUACAAUGUGAGAUGAGGUACAAUACUAUUUAUUGUCACUGACAAGUGCAAAAUCAUUUUGUGGGUAGCGUCCUGUCAUUUUUGCAUCGUGUGUGUGUGUAAGACUCCAAAAAUGUGGUGGGGAUACAAUAAAUGAAGAUAAGAGGCUCA